CGCCUCGAUCGGGUCGGACCAGCUACAAGCUAGGAGGCGGUUAUGGUAGCUUUCGGGAAGAAGCUGCGAGAGCAGCGGGUUUCGGAAUGGAAAGACUACUACAUUUCUUACAAGAUGAUGAAGAAAAAGGUGAAGUACUAUUCGCAGCACGGUGAUUUCAAUACCAGGGAAGACCGACAGCGAGUUCUCAAGGAGUUUUCGUCCAUGCUUGAUCGUCAGAUCGAGAAGAUUGUUCUCUUCCUCAUCGUGAGGCAAGGAGACUUGGCUGAGAGGCUGAGAAAGCUGGGAGCCGAGAGAGAAAGGUGUGAGAAAGAGCAACCAGCGGAUUUGGAUUGGAGAGACAGGUUUCGCGACGCUUAUAAUGAUGUUGGAAAGGAUCUGCUCAAGCUGCUCUACUUUGUGGAAGUGAACGCCAUCGGCUUGAGAAAGAUUCUCAAGAAAUUUGAUAAGCACAUUGGGUACAGGCUGACGGAUUACUACGUCUCCAGCCGCUCCAAUCAUCCAUACUCGCAGCUGCAACAAGUUUUCAAACACGUGGGAAUCGGAGCAAUGGUUGGAGCUCUGACACGAAACCUUUCAGAGUUGGAGGAACAUAGAAAGUCUUUGACUUCCAUUUACGACUAUCCUGAUGUUCCAGCUCGAUUACCGAUUGUUGAGUCGAUAAAAGCAGCACAAGAAAGAUUGACAAAUUCCACGAACUUCCUUCAGUUCCUUGGACAGCAUGCAAUGCUCAUGAAAGAUGAGUUUCCUAGAGCUCCCGGUGAAGAGGACGUUCAGGAAGAGCAGUACCAUUUGUUGUCUCUUAUCCUCAACCUCGCGAACACAUUCUUGUACAUGGUGAACACGUACAUCAUCGUUCCAACGGCUGACAAGUAUGCCCUGAGCAUGGGUGCUGCGCCAACACUGUGCGGAGUUAUAAUCGGAGCAAUGGCUGUAGCUCAGCUGGUAUCCUCUGUGUAUUUCAGUGCAUGGUCGAACACCUCUUACUUUCGGCCUCUCAUAUUCAGUAGUGUGAUGCUCUUCAUGGGGAACUUGCUCUAUGCAGUUGCUUACGACUGCAAUUCGCUUAGUCUGUUGCUGGUUGGACGUCUUCUUUGUGGGCUGGGUUCUGCUAGAGCGGUAAACAGGCGGUAUAUCAGCGACUGCGUGCCUCUAAAAUCACGCCUGCAAGCUUCGGCAGGAUUUGUGAGUGCGAGUGCCUUGGGGAUGGCUGCAGGUCCAGCUCUAGCAGGAGUUCUGGAGUUCAACAAGAAGUUCGUGGGAAUGACGUUUAAUGCCAACACACUGCCUGGGUGGGCGAUGGCUAUCUGCUGGAUUCUCUACUUGGCGUGGUUAUGGGUUUCUUUCAAAGAACCUGCACGUCCAAUCGAGGUUGACGGAUCAACAAGCGGCGGGCAGUCGAGGCUGGCUAUUGAUAACGGUUUUGCCAAUGAAAAGCAUAAAGAACAAAGUGAUGCCGAGGAGGGAAUGCUGCAACCGCUGAAUUCUAGCUACGACUCCAGAGAGGAAACAGAAAUAGAGGACGAAAAUGAUGUGGAAGGAGAAAGAGAAGAGGAUGAAGUCUCUGAAGACAAUUCCAAGCAGCCAGCGAAUUCCAUCAGAGAAGCGUACAAUCUCCUCACACUCCCAGUCAAGGUGCAACUGCUCAUAUAUUUCAUGCUCAAGUACGCUGUGGAGGUUUUGAUAUCAGAAUCAAGUGUUGUCACGUCAUUCUACUUCCACUGGGACGUAAGAAACGUGGCCAUUUUCCUCGCCUUGCUGGGUCUUACGGUGUUGCCAGUGAACGCAGUCGUCGGGAGCUGCUUGAGCAACAUCUUCGAGGAUCGGCAAAUACUUCUAGCGGCGGAGAUACUCACCUGCGUGGGAGUGCUGGUCAGCUUCUCCGGGCCAUUCCGCUACACAAUUGUACAGUACAUCGCGGGAGCGGUGCUUAUUUUUGUCUCGGCCGAGGUCCUCGAAGGUGUGAACUUGUCGCUGCUGUCCAAGGUGAUGUCAUCGAGGCUCGCCCGAGGGACUUUUAACGGCGGGCUGCUGUCGACGGAGGCCGGGACACUGGCCCGUGUUAUUGCGGAUGGAACCAUAACUGUGGCGGGGUAUUUGCGAGAAGACAAGCUCCUCAAUGCAACGCUCUUCCCAACGUUUGUCAUCGGUAUCGUGUCUGUGGUAGCUACGCUCUUCACCUACAACUCCAUGUUUUGAGAAGUAAAAGCUCUCUCCCGGGAGGAGCGAGCGGGAGAUUUUUUUUUUUUUGUUGCAGUGAGCGUCACAAGAAAGAAAAGAAAAGAAAAACCAAGGAAAGAAAGUAUCCAAAAUGCCCAAGCGCGGAAUUUGCUACCAUACCAAAUUGGACAAAAAGAAGAAACGUUUGUAGAGAAACACUGGAAGAAUAGCGAAAGAGUUAGAAGCUUUCUUUUGUCAUGGUAAGUAUCACCUGGAAGACCAUUAAAGUUCCCACUCUUUC